AUGACCCUUCCUCAGCAAGCACACGACGCCGUGGCUCCAUUCGUGGCACACGGAGACGACGGAGCGGAAGCGGCAGCGAGAUUCGCCCUCGACGACGAUCGGUCGGUAGCGGGACCAGUGCCACCAAUGUACAGAUCUUGCAUCGCAGCAACUCGACCAAGUAAUCGCCUCGGAGGCUAUUGA